AUGACCACCUUUAGUAAUCUCCUGUGCUGGGCCCUGGCCUCCUUUAUCCCUAGGUUCUCAGAAUUCGAGAGUGAAGAAGAGAUGGAGAAUGCAAGGCUGGAGAUGGAGGCCUCAAGGCUGGAAAUGAGAAAUGUCCAGUGUCAAUUUCUUACAACCACAGAAAGGCAAGAUCCACCAAAGCCAUCAGCUCCCCAGGUGGUUAAGGAACCAGUGUCCAGCUCCAUGAAGACUGUCCCCAGAGCUGACCCAGCCCACCUCCCAGGACCCAGAGACAGGCAGUUACACAAGACCGAGGCACCUGUAGAAAUUCCACCUGAGGCAGUGCAGGAGUACAUGGACAUCAUGGACUGGCUGGAGAGGCUCCCACAGCCGCCCAUGGAAAAGGAGGAGGAGGAGAGCAGUGGGCCAGAGCAGGAGGAUGACUUGCACUCAGAUGCAGGACUCCUGAACUACAUUGACGAGCUUUGCUCCCAGAAACACUUCGUUGAGCAAGUGGAGGCCAUAAUAAACCCCCAAUUUAUGGCAGAAAUCCUAUCUUCCAAACCAGAGAUGGACAUACUGGCUCUCAUGAAGGCGCUGGAGUAUGAGGAAGAGGUCACUGUCGAGCAGCUGCUGGAGACUUUGAAGGAGAAAGAUUGUAAGACGACACCUCUGAACCAAGAUGCCUCUCAGAUACUUGCCAAUGCUUCUGUACUGACUGUCAGCCAAGGUGCAGAGAAAAAUGGCCAUGGUCCCCAAAGAGAGGCCAGUGCGCAAAAAGAUUCCUCACAAAUGGCUUUCUCAGACCAACAGUGUCCCGAAGACACCAAUGCAAAAAUAUGGGGGCCUAGACCUUCCGUCCUCCCAGGUAGCCAAUGUUUACCCUCACCGGUAGACAUCAGAUCCACCGUUACUACCUGUGAUAAAGAAGCCUACCCUCAAAGCCCAGGGUCCAGAAGUGGAGUGAAUCUCAGAGAAGUUCCUGCCACUGAGGAGCUCCAUGAGUCCCUGGGCAGAACCACCGAUGGCAAAGAAGAGCUCCACAGUCUGUCCUUCCUCCUCUGCUCCCAGUACAACCUGGUGCCACGGAAACCGGCUAGCCACUUGUUCCCCUAUGCAGAUUUCUCUGACUCAGAUAGUAUCCCCAAACCCUCAUCUCCAAAGAUAAAGGGCUUCAGUCCUGAUCCAUCUCUAAUUGCCAAGCCAAAGAAGCGAGCUCUCAUUGGAGGCUUGACUCCCAUGGCUAAGAAAUCCGACCCAGGGCCUGGUCAUGGGGUGUUUGAAGGGCCACUUUCAGCCCUGGAGCUAGCUCAACCAUUGCAGGCUCAGAAGAGGAAGCACGAGUCACUAGGCACCCGGAAGAGGAAGAGGAAGAAGAGGCACUGA